AAGAGAGCGUACGAAAUAAGUGUUUAGACAUUUUAUAUCAACCGUAGUAAGGAAUCCGAAGCCUAGAAUCUAACAAGCAGGAAGGGAGACAGAUAUCUGUAACUUGUACGGCUGCUGCUGGUUAGGGUUUUAAAAGUCAUUGGUUGUCUAUGUUUCCCAACAUGAUGUUUCCAAUGACCGACUCGCCAUUGCAUUUAAGAAGAGAAGAUUGUUGCUCUUUGCUCUCAGUCGUCUUCUCCAAUAAUCUUUAAGAAUCCAGAAACUCCAUAGGCGUCGAUAUUUGAGCAUUUCGUUAGCAUGUUUAGCCCCAACUUAUUCGACAGUUCCCAUAUGUUCGACAUGGCUCAUAAGACAUCCGAGAGUGAACUAAUGGGGAAUAUCAGAGAUGAUGAUUAUGAGAUCAAAUCUGGUACUGAAAUUAUGGACGCUCCCUCGGGGGAUGAUCAAGAUCCUAACCAACGCCCCAAAAAGAAGCGUUAUCAUCGUCAUACACAGCAUCAAAUCGAGCAGAUGGAAGCAUUCUUUAAGGAGUGCCCUCACCCCGAUGAUAAGAAAAGGAAGGAGCUUAGCCGCGAGCUAGGGUUAGAGCCUCUACAAGUCAAGUUUUGGUUCCAAAACAAGCGCACCCAGAUGAAGGCCCAGCAUGAACGCCAUGAAAAUGCUAUAUUGAAGGAUGAGAAUGAAAAGCUCCGUGCUGAGAACAAUAGGUACAAGGAAGCUCUCAGCAAUGCUACAUGCCCCAGCUGUGGAGGCCCAGCUGCUCUUGGGGAGAUGUCGUUUGAUGAGCAGCAUUUGAGAAUAGAAAAUGCUCGGUUAAAGGAAGAGAUUGAUAGGAUAUCUGGAAUAGCUGCUAAAUAUGUUGGCAAGCCUUUAUCUUCCUUUCCCAACCUUUCUUCUCACUUAAAUUCACGCUCUGUUGAUCUUGGAGCUAGCAAUUUCGGGACACAGUCAAAAUUCGUAGGGGAAAUGAACCGCAGUGGUGAUCUUCUAAGGUCUGUCUCUAGACCUACAGAAGCGGAUAAACCUAUGAUUGUUGAGCUUGCUGUUGCUGCUAUGGAGGAACUAAUCCGAUUGGCUCAAUCUGGUGAACCACUGUGGGUUCCUGGGGAUAAUUCUUCAGAUAUGUUGAACGAAGAUGAAUACGUAAGAACUUUCCCUAGGGGAGUUGGAUCAAAACCUUUGGGGUUGAGGUCUGAAGCUUCAAGGGAAUCUGCUGUCGUGAUUAUGAAUCAUGUCAAUCUAGUUGAGAUUCUCAUAGACGCGAACCAAUGGUCAAGUGUGUUCUGCGGUAUUGUUUCAAGGGCUAUGACUCUUGAAGUACUAUCAACUGGUGUUGCAGGAAACUAUAAUGGAGCUUUGCAAGUGAUGACUGCCGAGUUUCAAGUUCCUUCACCACUUGUACCAACUCGGGAGAAUUACUUCGUGAGGUAUUGUAAGCAGCAUAUUGACGGAACUUGGGCAGUAGUUGAUGUUUCCUUGGAUAAUUUACGCCCCAAUCCUGUGUCCAAGUGUAGAAGAAGACCAUCAGGUUGUUUGAUCCAAGAAUUGCCAAAUGGAUACUCUAAGGUUAUAUGGGUUGAGCAUGUAGAAGUGGAUGAUAGAGCUGUCCACAACAUAUACAGACCAGUAGUUAACUCCAGUCUAGCUUUCGGAGCAAAACGUUGGCUGGCGACAUUAGAUCGGCAGUGCGAACGUCUUGCGAGUUCAAUGGCGAGUAACAUUCCAGAAGGGGAUCUAUGCGAAGGGAGGAAGAGUAUGUUGAAGUUGGCAGAGAGGAUGGUGACCAGCUUUUGCACCGGCGUCGGUGCUUCUACGGCCCAUGCUUGGACGACUCUAGCAGCAACAGGUUCCGACGAUGUACGAGUUAUGACCCGAAAGAGUAUGGAUGAUCCAGGCAGGCCUCCUGGUAUUGUGCUUAGUGCUGCAACUUCCUUCUGGAUCCCAGUCCCACCGAAAAGGGUAUUCGAUUUCCUAAGGGACGAGAACUCUCGAAGCGAGUGGGAUAUCCUAUCAAAUGGUGGCCUAGUUCAAGAAAUGGCUCACAUAGCCAAUGGCCGUGAUCCAGGCAAUUGUGUCUCUUUACUGCGAGUAAAUAGUGCAAACUCUAGCCAAAGCAACAUGUUGAUACUUCAAGAGAGCUGCACUGAUGCCACAGGGUCCUAUGUGAUAUAUGCCCCGGUCGAUAUCAUCGCGAUGGACGUCGUCUUAAGUGGUGGUGACCCGGACUACGUCGCGCUGUUGCCGUCCGGUUUCGCAAUUCUUCCCGACGGUCCAGGACACGAUGGAGGAGGAAUUCUCGAAAUCGGUUCGGGUGGCUCUCUCCUCACCGUUGCCUUCCAGAUUUUAGUUGAUUCAGUUCCAACUGCAAAGCUCUCUCUGGGAUCGGUGGCUACCGUCAAUAGCCUAAUUAAAUGCACAGUUGAAAGGAUCAAAACUGCCGUAAUGUGCAAUAGUGCUUAAUAAACAAAGCAUAGAUCGAACAUAACUUGAUCAGUUCUACUAUUAGAUAUGGUAGGAGAACUCACCAUUUUGAGAACACUAUUAAAAUUUGUCUAAUUUAUUUCCGUUUCAUGUGCUAUGGUCGAAGCAUUAAUUUGGA